CUUCCGGUCAGACCGGUUGCUCGUUGUAGCUGCUCUUCCCGCUGUUAUGUAGCGCAGCUAAAAUACCCAUAACGUUCGAUGUGUUUUAUGAAACAAAACAACACUUAACCUUUAUUGAUUCGUCAAAUUGUCAAGCUUUGCAUUUCUCCCUGGAUUAUGGGGGACAAGGCCGGCACCCGGGUAUUCAAGAAGUCCAGUCCGAAUUGCAAGAUUACAGUAUACUUGGGGAAAAGGGAUUUUGUGGAUCAUUUAGAUCAGGUGGAUCCUGUAGAUGGAGUCAUACUGGUAGACCCGGAAUAUCUCAAAGACAGAAAAGUAUUUGUGACGUUAACUUGUGCCUUCCGUUAUGGACGGGAGGACCUGGACGUCCUUGGACUUUCCUUCCGGAAAGAUCUUUACAUAUCUACUUUUCAGGCUUUCCCACCUAUAGCGGAAGAGCGCAAGGCCAACAGUCGACUUCAGGAGAGACUCCUGAAGAAAUUGGGCCAGCAGGCUCAUCCUUUUCACUUUACUAUCCCCCAAAACUUGCCAUGUUCAGUUACCCUGCAGCCUGGUCCUGAAGACACUGGAAAGGCCUGUGGGGUAGAUUAUGAGAUAAGAGCUUUCUGUGCCAGGUCUGUGGAGGAGAAGAUUCAUAAACGAAAUUCUGUCAGAUUGGUGAUUCGUAAAGUGCAGUAUGCUCCUGAGAAGCCCGGUCCUCAGCCGAUGGUGGAGACAACACGGAGCUUCCUGAUGUCUGACCGCUCUCUGCAUCUUGAGGCGUCUCUAGAUAAAGAGUUGUAUUAUCACGGAGAGCCCAUCAGCGUGAAUGUUCACGUCACCAACAACUCAACCAAGACUGUGAAACGAGUCAAAAUAUCAGUGCGGCAGUAUGCUGACAUCUGUCUGUUCAGCACAGCUCAGUACAAAUGUCCUGUGGCUCAGCUUGAGGCAGAUGACCAGGUGUCAUCCAGCUCCACAUUCUGUAAGGUGUACACUCUCACUCCCACCCUGAAUAAUAACCGAGAGAAGCGAGGGCUGGCUCUUGAUGGCAAGCUCAAGCAUGAAGAUACCAACCUGGCCUCCAGCACCAUUGUUAAAGACGGAUGUAAUAAGGAGGUUCUUGGAGUUCUGGUGUCGUAUCGAGUCAAAGUUAAGCUGGUCGUCUCCCGUGGAGGACUUUUAAGCAGCUUACUGGAGAGAGACGUCUCAGUCGAGCUCCCAUUUGUCCUAAUGCAUCCUAAACCGAUAGAUGUUCCCACUUCUCGACCAGCCUCAGCUGUGCCCGAGGCGGACCCUCCUAUCGAUACCAACCUCAUAGAGUUUGACACAAAUAGCUUCACCCAGGAUGAUGACCUGGUGUUUGAAGAUUUUGCCCGUUUGCGGUUAAAAGGAACCACUGAUGAUAAGGAUGAGGACUGCUGAGCCUUCUUUCCUUCUCUUUUUUUUUUUCUCACUCAGCCUGGAAACUUACAGCAUGAAGAUGAAGAAAAAUCACCAUCUAAUUUACUCCAAAAGAACAAUCUUUCAUAUCGGAUCUCCUUCCUAGUCCUAUUAUCAUUCCUUUGAUGAAACUGUUUUGCCAACAUUUUCCAAACGCCAAAAAGGAUCAUUUGAGGAGAGGUGCUGUAACUUAAAGAGCACUGAACAAAAGGAAAAAAAAAAAAAAAAAACAUGAGAGAAUUAACCUCCUUCUCUUAUGAGCGCAUGUGAUUCUUGUGCCAAGCAUCCAUGUAGGAAAUCUAGAUGCCACAUUACAAUGCCAGUAAUUGCACAUAGGUCUGUUCAAGUCUAAGGAGAGCUGCAGGUCUGUAAUCAUUCUCACUAGACUAGCUUGGUUACAGACGUUUCUAUGUGUUGCGGGUAAUAUAAAUAUACCUGCACUGCUGAUAAUGUGAACAAGCCAAACUGCAAGAAUGCAGUGGAAUCUAAAAAUAAAAAUCUGAGCUAGAUUUAUUUUAAAUUUAUAAAAUAAGCAACCUAAAAAGUAUAAACUUCCUCUACACGUGGUUUUACGAUCAUCUACUCUUUUUACUGGGAGUCUUGUACUGUAUAUGCUAGAAAUUAAUGCCAUUUUGAUAACAGUGAACUUUUCUUUUCCUCAUACCAAGCUGCCCUUCGCAUGUAGGCCGAGUUCUUUCCCGAGAAUCAUUUAGACCAACAUUAUAUGCGGUAUAAAAUAGGCGAAUAUAAAAUGUAUUUCCUGAAUGUUUUUAUUACCGGGACAGGACAAUGGUGCAGCAACAGGGAGCAUCGCUGCUUCACAGCUCCAGGUCCAUUUCUGAGCUUGUGUUACUGUCUGUGUAGAGUUCUGCACAUUUCUCCACAAGUUUCCUUCCACCAACCCAAACCUAUAGGGGGUUUGGAAACGUGUACAUGAUGCCCUGUGGUGUUCUAUUCAGUGUAUGUUCGCCCCAUAUAUUCCCGACACCCUGCAACACCGACAGGAUGAAACAGUUACUGAUGAUGAAUUAUAAUUCAUCAUAAAAUUGGAAAAGUAACGUGUUGUUGUCGUGCUUCUUUCAGCUGCUCCCUGUUCAGGGUCACCACAGCGGAUCAUUCGGUCCGCAUUUUUCAAUUUGGCACGGGACGCCCUUCCUGAUGCAACCCUCCCGUUUUAUCCGGGCUUGAGAAUACUUAUUUACUCAGAAAUCCCAACAACAAUUAUCACAAAACUCCUCCAUCAUAACAAAAAGUCCCUCAUAAGAGCAUAUUGUGACAUAUUUUACAAAAGUGAAUCCCUGCUCUCUUGCUCCGAAUGUGCUGAAUCCAUAGAGCGAGUCUUGUCUGUUUUAGCCAAAUGUGGCAUCUAGGUGGCCUACAUAAUGCCAACUAUGGUUAGAGGUUAAAUACAAAAACAAAAAAAGGAUUUGGAAAAGAAAUCCAAACUGCGUGAAUUUCUGUUUUGUUGUUCUGUGAUAUCUUGAAGUUGAUUUUGAAAUGCCUUUUUAGCUUAAUUUCCACAAUGUGUUUUGACUUUAGUAACUGAGUGUUAAUAAUCUUCAUUAUUCUGAGUUAUAACACAAACAUGCUACAGAAAUAACUGUAUUGGGAAUGCCAGGCGUAAGCACUGACACACACACACACCUCUUUGCCCUGCGUUAUGUUUUACAAAGAGUUUACAAAGUUACACAGUUAAACAUGUUUAAUACUAAUAGGCUGUCUGUUUGUGUUGUCCAUGGCAUACUGUGUCCAACCCUCAGGUACACUGGUUUAUUCCUUCUUCAUUCAGAGAUAUGUGACAGGGACGGUGCUGAGUGCGCAUCAGUCGAGCUGUAACGGUCAUCUGCACGUCGGAACGGUGUUUACAUUUACAUUUCCCACACAGCACCUUCAUGUGUAAAUAAAACAUGCUACUUUUGGUGGGGAAAGAAAAAAUCAUCACGUCUCGAGAAAAAAAAGACGUAUAAUUAUCUUCAUGUUAAUUCAAGUUUAAUAACUGUGACAUGUCAUUUUCUUUUUUUUAUUUCAGAAUUUAUUUAAUUUUUUUAAUAAAAUAUAUAAAAUGCCAAA